CGUGGCCCUUGACAGUUGUCUAUUUUAUUUCACUUCAUUUCUCUUCACCGUCGUCUAUAUUUUACUUUAAUCGUACACAAAAUUUUGAAAUGUAUUUUUUUACCCGCUGUGCGUUUUGAAAUUUAAAUGAGAAAAGGCGUUUUGUUUUUUUCUAUUUGAAAAAUCUGAUUUUGCGUAAACAUUGUUGAAUCUUGGUAUUUUAAGUUCACGUGCCGCCAAAAAUUGUUCGGUGUUAAUUUUUGUUUUGUUUGACCAGACAUUAAUUCAUUAUUUAAACAAACAAAUAGUUUAAACAAAUUGAAUUUAAAAAAAAAAACAAAUAAUAAAGAAAAAUGGGUUGUGCUACGAGAACAAUUAAAUGUUCAUUAUUUAUAUUCAAUACACUAUGGGCUAUUCUGGGAAUCCUUUUGCUGCUCUUGGCUGGUUUCGGUUGGGAAGCAAUGCCUCAGCAUUACGCCAUCGGUAUCGUAGCUUUGGGUUGUGUUAUCCUUCUAACAUUUUUAUUCGGAUGCUUUGGGGCCAUACGUGAAUCAGCACGUAGUUUAUGGACGUACGCUGUUAUGUUGCUGAUACUUUUGGUUCUAACAAUUGUAUUUAUUUGCUACAAUACUCGAGAUGUGUUUAAAAACUACGCCCUCAAGGAAAUCGAUGACUUGUGGGAUCAAGAGAUUAUACAUCAAGGAGCCAUGGACAAAAAACAAACUAUUUACGAAUGCUGUGGUCGCAAUUCUUUUGCGGAUUAUGGACGCAUUAAUCGCCAAUUGCCAUCAAGUUGCUGCAAGGAUGGCAACUGCAUAAAUCCCCUGAAUGUUUAUGUCGCUGGCUGUUUGACCAAAGUAGAGGAAGCUUUCGCCAAUGAAUCUUUAACUACCGAAAUAUCCGAAUGGUGUCUGUUGGGCUUAAAUAUUAUGGUCCUUGUGUUGUCAACAAUGAUGGCCAUUCAUUAUACCAACCAAAGGCGUCGUUAUAACUAUUGAUGAGAUUAUUUUCCAUUGACUAAUUUGUUCUUUAUUGUAUUGUAUUUUAUUUAUUAUUAUUAUUAUUUUUGUUGUUUUAAUAUCUUAUUAUUUAAUUUAUUUUUAUACAAACAUAAAUACUUAAAUAAACUUGCCACUACCUCUUUAAUUAAAAAAAAAUUAAAGUCACAUGUACCUAAAAACUACAUUUAAAUGGAUUUGUGAAAGUAGAAUAAUUAUAAAUUCAUAAAUACACAAACAAACAAAUAUGUACCAACAAAAAUUCAUACACAUAUCUGAAUAUUGUAUUUAUUAAAAAAAAAAACGUUAAAUCUAGAAUAAUAAACCUUUUUUAAUGAAUUUUAAAAACAAAUAAAUAAACAUUUAACCAAAAAGUACAACAUUCUAUAA